CACAAGCCUUCCGGCACAAUGGAGACUCCCCUGGUGGUUCAUAGACAUGCGCUCGUUCAACGAGGGGCCUGCUUAUUAAAAAGGUUCAGCACCUCUCCCAACUUUCCUUCUCGUUUUGCAGCAUCCGCACUAUAUGCACGCCGGCGUUCGGCAUUGCCUCCUCUACGCACUGCCACCACUGCCAGCCAUGAUCGCACCACCUCGCAACACCCCAACCAAGCGACGUAUGGCUCGGGGCCCAGUCAAGCACACCCCUUGACGGGGUAUUACUCCGAUAUCAUCGCCAACCCCUCCCCGUACCGUGCCCAUGCGAAGCGGCUCCGUCCGGUCAAUAAAGCAGCCGAGAAACCGACACAAAAGGAACCCGCCGAACAGUCCCCGCAGGAAAAAAUGUCCGUCGUAUUUGGUACGCGGCUGGCUGGUCCAGGCCGAAAUUCUCGUUAUAACCCGGGAGAAAUGCCGCCGGAGUCCACCUGGAAGACUGUGAACGGGGUGCCGAUUCCCCCGCGGCCGGAGGAACCGGACAAUUGCUGCAUGAGCGGCUGUGUCAAUUGUGUGUGGGACAAUUUCCGCGACGAAAUGGAGGAAUGGGCGGAGAGAGUUGUCCAGGCCAAGGCUAAGGCCUCAGAAAAGGGACCAACCAAAGACCUUCGCCAGUCACCGAGGAAGGAGGUGCAGUCAGCGAGCACCAGCAUGGACGAUGACGGCGGUGGUAGUGAUACGAAUUGGACCGAGGCCGAUUCCAACGAGGAUAUCUUCGCCAAUAUCCCGGUUGGGAUUCGAGAGUUCAUGAAGACGGAGAAGAAGUUGAAGUUGAGACAUCAACAGGAGGCCAGUUCAUAACGAGGGGAGAUUUUGGUUACUGAGGAUGUUCAUACCCUGUAUUCUUUAGUGCUGUGUAUAUAUAUGCUUUAUAGAGG